GUCGUUCUGCCUCACACGCAAAAAACGCAACGUAAGAGGAAUGCGGUCACACCCCCUCGUCUUAUCUCAGUACGCCCCCGAGACUCGUGGGCGAGCAGCAAUACUUAAGGAGUUUGAUGAUGCAGCCUGUCACACACUAGCCAAUAUGAUAUGGAUCUCUCAAAUGAGCUCUCACAUGAACAGUUACAGAUAAAAGACUGCGCGCCUUAUGAAUUCCCAUGUUAUCGGCAACGUCUGGAUUUUAACUAUGGAUGAAGACGGAGACACCAGCUGAAGGGAAAAAUAACGGGGGUCCCCUUUAAGAUGACACGAACGGAUCCCCCUGAUAUAUUAACAUCCACUUUGUAUCAAGACAUAACAAUUGGCCCCAACUCCGGGCUCUCACGGUAUUCAGGAUCUUCUAAACAAUGUGAUUCACAAAUGGUUGGCCCACUGAAUCAAAACUUUGAAACUAUAAACAAAAGACAUUGCCGUAGCUUUGACUUCAUUGAAUCACUGGAUGACCCAAAGAACUUAUCCUCAUCCAUGGAGUAUCCCUACAGGUCUGACCAGCAAACCAUUAAUAAGAAUGCAGUCUGGAAUGGCACUGGACAGCAGGGACACUUACGGUUUUCCUCUCCGGAUCUGUUCAACUCUAGACACUCCCACCAACAAGUUAGCACAGACAAAGGCAACGAGGCAGCAAGGACAAGUGUUCACGGUAAGCCUCGAUCAAAAAGUACUCCAAGAGUUCGAGCCACCUUGACCCCUGUGCCCAUCUCGCCAUCAGCAACCAUGAGGCGUCAAUCUCCUGUGGACCCCCAGAGGAGACCAGAAGGACUGCCAAUUCGAGAAGCCUCCCAUUCAACAUCCAGGGUUUUAGUUAAUGAGGUCCAUCCAAUCAAGCUACAACCCCAUACUCCCUUGUAUGUUUCUGAUUGUUUUGAAGAGAACAGACAGGAGAAACAAGCUAACACUCCCCAUGUGAGGUGCCGUGUUGAUAUUAAACCAGAUGCCUCAGUUCUCCAGCACACUACGAGGAAGAUGUCUUCCCAUAGAAGUAACGUUCCUUGGCAGCUUUCCUCUGCCUCAGGGAUCAGGAACCACUCUUUUCCAAGUCAGACAUCCACCUCCAGAACGUCUACUCCUAGUGAGUGUUACAGCAUGGACUACAGGCAAGCAUAUCAGUAUCCAAACAGCACGACCAGUUCAUUCAUUCAGUCUGGAGAGAUACCAUUUGGGAGGACUUCUCCCAGAGACCCAAGAGAUUACAGAACCCUGUCCAAUCCGAACAUUCCUACCAAAUUCUUCUACACAGAUGAUCCUAACAGGUAUCCGGUUCAGCCUCCCAGUAGACCAUAUUAUCAAGAUGACCAAUACAGUAUUAACAGCAGUAACAGCCAAAAUCCCUCCCUCAAUAAUCAGUAUGUAAUUGACCCAAGGACUCGCUGGGUUCACACUUUGCCUAUGCGUUCAUACUAUGCAGAUUGUAAUCGUGAACCCAUGGACUCUUUCUACAGUAGACCAUAUUCAGUGACUGAGCCAGGGCCGUACUUCAUAUCUACCCCUCCCGCUGAAACAUACUAUCAAGAAGAUCCAAGAGCAUAUGCAUUUCCCUCAGACGCUUCGAAAAUGUUCUAUACACGACCUUACCAUUACCCAUCAGAGUUAAACAUUCCUACGAGAGCAUAUCAUACAGAGGGUCGCCGGCGCCCUCGCUUGUCCCAAGUCUUUUCAGAUGACUGGCACCGGUCAAGCAUAGCCACAUAUUCCAGUCAGUACGCAUCCACACAGGCAACUCCUCAGCGUGUACCGUCAAUAAGUCCUUGGUAUCCUAAUGACUUUUCUGAACCGAGCCGUUUAGGACCAGAUGUCAGGAACUACUCGAAAUCCUGGGACAACAUUCUCAUUCCACACAUGGACCGAGAACAUGGAGUUUCACGAGGCAGGAGUUAUGAAAACCUUCUCCAUCACGGGAGGCCAGGUGGUCCUCCUAAUAACAGCCAACAACCGGUUAUUCUGAACCUUUCUAGUUCGCCCAGACGCUAUGCUGCUUUGUCCCUUUCUGAAAACUGUCUAGAAAAGUGUGCCAGUGACCGACAAAACAGUUCAGGGCAGCACUGGUUUGUAACCCCAGAGAUUACAAUUACUGACAAUGACAUCCGUGCAGCGAACAGCAGCAAGAGAGAUGCGGGCAACAGCAGCUGGAAUGGACAAAACGGAGAGCAAAAUGUGAACACUCGCAACAUACAGAGACCUACAAAUACACCAGAAGUGACAGAGACGAAUAACAAUAAUUACUCUCUGCAGCAAAGCCUGGAACAACUCGAUGAGCUGCUUGCUGACUUGGUCAUUGAUUACAAACCUCAAAAUAGCAGGCGACCAAGCAAGGACUUGAUUGACCAGCUCAAGCAAUUGAUUAAAGAUGACGAGACAACAGACGGCAAGAGAGAAACCGAUCAAGAGGAUUCAGGACUUUUGAACACACAAACAGACUCUUCAAAGACCAGCCCUGAUACGUUUAAAGACCCAGACAGUGGCUGCGAAGGGUUUCCGAGGAGCAUUGAGGAUGACUCUUUGAACCACAUUACAGAUGAGGAUGAUACGAUGGUGUGCUCCAACAGGAAAUGCUUGCGUAAAGACACAACAUUUAAUGCUUGCUUGUACUUCAAGGCAUGCCACAGCUGUUACACAUACUACUGUUCCAGAAACUGCAGGCGUGACGACUGGGAAACACACAAAGAAAACUGCCUCUAUGGCCGCACCAGCAGUGUUUGCAGGCGUUUAUUAAAGCACUGUCGAGAGAACUCUGACAUUCACAAGGCCUUUUCACGAAUUGCUAGGGUAGGGUAUCUGUCUCGAGGGAGAGGAGUGCUAUUCUUGGGUUUUCCAAACCCAGGGUCUGCAGAUAACUUCCUCCAGGUUGGUCUUGAGAGCCUUACCAUCUCCCCAACAUAUUUAUCCAUUAGAGAGUUAGACAGUUUCAAAGACAACCUUGGGGAAUACUGCAAAGAGUUGCAGAAUGCAGGGAAAGAGUACGACCCCACCGAAUGUUUCCUCCUGAAUGUAUCCAUAGCUGUUGGAGACCUAGUGCCUAAAGUUCCUUCACCCAAAUUACUGACGCCAACGGUUCGCAAAUACGCCAAGAUCUCGUUAGCCUCCUCAAGCCCCGAUAAGAAAAUACUCAAGAAAGAAUGCGAAAUGGAGACACUCAUUCUCACGCCACCUCCUGGGACGGUUGACAUCGAUAAGGACGGCCAAGAGGGCAGAAAAUCAAGAGAGAUCUGUUUCAUUAACAUCCAGAGGGAACUUCGUACCCGAGGCGUCUUUCUCCGCCACGAGUUCCCACAAAUAUACAACCAGCUUUGUGAGUUUGUUGAAAGCAACAAAAGAUUCACUCCUACCACCAUCUACCCCAUUGACAAGAGAACAGGGAAGCAGUUCAUGUGUAUGAUCAUGGCAGCAUCCGAACCAAGAAUGCUCGAUUGGGUUGGUGCACCACACCUUUUAGAUGACAUUAUAUAAUCCUAUGCAUCCAGUAUUAUUAAGCAUUUGCUAUAUAGAACAAAACUCAAUGACUAAGGUUUUUAGAAAUGCAUUUGAAUAGCAAGGCUAUAUUUUGGGUUUUCCCCUCACUUUCUGCCACUAAGUACUAGAAAUAAUAAGAGCUGCUUGGGGGAUAAAAAGCUAAACAGCACUAAAUAAUAGAUUUAAGCACAUUUCCUUAAUUAAAAAUUCAUUAAUCAGUUAGCAAUUACUGUAUAUCUCUUAUGACUAUGUUUCUUGUAUUAGUAUGUUGCAGCGAGGAUGCAAGGAUAUAACAUCUUCUGUGCUAAACUUCUGGAGAAAGUCUAAAUUUCUCUUGCAAUACUAAAAUUUCUAGUUGUCUUUAGCCCUUUGAGAGAAUGAAAGUGCACUUGCAUGGUAAAUGCAUGCUAGCAGGAGAAAUGCAACUUUACUUACAAUUUUAAGAUGGUUGGUCUUUAAUUAUGCUCACAGAUAACCAGUACAGCAGAUAACACCCUAUGUUGGGUAAGCUUAUUUUGUAUGGAGAAAGUCAAAUAAACUGCUUGAAAGGUUCACUGUAUUGUACAUGGCAACAGCUUUGUGUAUUGUGUUCCUGGAGUAAUAUAUCUAUUUACAUGAGCAUCAGCUAUUGUUUUACAGGAAAAUUAUGCUCAUUUUCAUUAUAUAUAAAAGAUGACUUAUUUUUAAUCUGAAAUAAUUGUGCUUAUUUGCCAUAUUGUUUUGAGUGUUUUAUUCAUAAACUGAAACAUUCAUCCUUGGAAAGUUGACUGUUGUAGAGUUUAACAUGUACAUAAAAUAAGCUAUUCAAAUUUGAAUGAUUUGUAAUAAUCAAAUAAACUUAGAAGCCUAUAUUUUAAAUGUAAUAUUUCAAUAAAAAUACAUUUUUUAAAAUAAUUUAAGCAGUGGUGUUAAACACCCAUGCAAGACUGUAGAAAUAGCACUUUAAUAAACAUUCACAGACAGCCCAGUUAGACAAUGUGUAAAAAGCAUGCAUUAAACAAACUUUACACCGAUUAAAAGAUCAGUAUAGUGUUGUCUUUAUGUUAACAUUUUUAUGGCAGUAUUUAUUUAUUUACUUAGCUUAUUUAUUGACAUUGUUCAUUGCAUAUUGUGUUUCAUUGACAAGUGAUGCUUUAUUUCUGUACAAAUGGUCAAUAAAAUGAAACAUUCAAAGG